AUGAGUAUUUUUCCAGAUGAAAGUGAGUUGUUUUGUUGAAACAUCUGUUGAUUUAUCGAACAUUUUCCAGUUGAACUAGAAUUAUUAUACCUCGACCAGUUGAAAAAUGUAUCAGAGAAGACGCGAUUAAUUAUUCAACUUUUUGAAUUGACAAGUUUUGAUGAUUUGGAUCAACAUAAAGACCUUGCAAUAAGUGUAGUUUUAUAUACUUUCAAAAGAUUAUGGGAUACAAAAGGACGUUUCAUGGGUUUCUAUCUUUAUAUUGUCAACAGUAUUCAUAUUGAUGAAUAUCAGUUUGUGGAUUAUUUGAUUGAAAUAUAUCGAAGAGGAUUUAUUGAUGUUAUUCCUGUUCUCAAUUUUUUCGCAUGUUUUCGAUUGGAUGAAUCACGGUAUCUCAAUUUAACUGUUGAACAUUUGACAAAUGUAAGUUGAUUAUCAAAUAUCAAUUUUCAAAACAAAACAAAUAAUUUCUUCAGUUCCUAAAAAUGUGUGAUAUUGACGAAAACCGAAGAAUUAUUCAAUUUUUCGAAGGUGGAACAUUGGAACAUGGAUCUGCUUUGAAACGUGUCAAAAAGGUUAUGAUGAAUCAUUAUGGAGCUGCUUUUGAAGAAGCUGUCGAACCAGAUGAUAUCUUGAAAAAAUUAUGCGAAUUUGAAGUAUUUGCUGAAGUAGAUGAUAUAAUUGAAUUAUUAUUGCCAAGAAUUUACUAUAUUAUGGCGGAGGAUGAAAUGUUUUCAUUGAGAAUUGCGAUGGUGAGUUAUUUUUAGAAAAAUUAAAACAUCGUGUUAUAUUUACAGACUCUUGCAAUGUGUGGUUUCGAUAGAAAUAAUAAAAAUCAAAGUAACCGAAUGGAAGUGAUAUUUCCAAUAAUUCGAUUUCUAUAUAAACAUAUUCAAGAUCCUUAUAACUAUGAUAUUGGAAAAGUUGAGUUAGCUGUUCAGCUCUUCAAAAAUUUUGUUGAUUCUCGAAUCGAAGUUUUUCCCGGAAUAUUCCAACCGAUUCCAAUAUUUCCCGAUCAACUUACUAUAAUUUAUGAUGAUUUGGAAUCGAAAAUGGGGAGCUCUCAAAGCACUUAUCAAGCGAAAUGUAUUGCUAUGCUCAGGUUAGACUAGACUUUUUGUUGGAAAAAAUAGAAAGAAAGAAAGAAAUUUUCAGAUACAAACUUGUGGAUAUUAUUCGAGGAGAUAACAAAUUUCCCAUAAGAAUGGGUGCAUCUUUUGGAGAUGCGAAAGAAAUUGCGAGACCUGAAAGAAUUCAUUAUUUACUUGAAUGCUCUAGGAAUGGAAUGUUAUCCGAAGAUCUUUCUUAUCUAGAUGAGCAAUAUGUGCGUUUUUGA